GUGUUUGGAGAGCGAUGGCUGCUAAGACUCUUGCUUCCCGCCUCCGAGGCUCCCGACGUUUUCUGAGUGGCUUCAUGUCCGGGGCUGUACUGGGCGCCGCGGGAGCGGGGCUGAUGGCCCUGCAGUUCUUCCGGAGCCGGGAUGCGGAGACGGCGGAUGGAUCUGAAGAAAAGGCUGUCUUGGAACAAUUCGGAUUUCCUUUAACUGGCACAGAGACUCGGUGUUACACUAAUCAUGCUUUGUCUUAUGAUCAGGCAAAGCGGCUACCUAGAUGGGUUCUUGAGCAUAUAUCUAAAAGCAAGAUCACAGGUGACGCAGACAGAAAACGCUGUAAAUUCAAGCCUGAUCCCACUAUCCCACCAACAUUCAGUGCCUUCAACGAGGACUAUGUUGGAAGUGGCUGGUCACGUGGACACAUGGCUCCAGCAGGAGAUAACAAAUUUUCAAGUAAAGCCAUGGCUGAAACCUUUUACCUUUCUAAUAUUGUGCCUCAGAAUUUUGAUAAUAAUUCUGGAUAUUGGAACAGAAUUGAAAUAUACUGUCGUGAACUGACAGAGAGGUUUGAAGAUGUUUGGAUAGUGUCUGGUCCUUUGACCUUACCUCAGACUAAAAGUGACGGAAAGAAGACAGUUACUUAUCAGGUGAUUGGUGAGGACAAUGUAGCAGUCCCUUCACACCUUUAUAAGGUGAUCCUGGCGCGCAGAAGCCCCGAGUCUACUGAACCGCUGGCACUGGGGGCCUUCGUGGUGCCCAAUGAAGCCAUUGGCUUUCAGCCUCAGCUGACGGAAUUCCAAGUGAGCCUCCAGGACCUUGAGAAGUUGUCAGGACUGGUAUUUUUCCCUCAGUUGGAUAGAACUAGCAAUAUCAGGAAUAUCUGCGCAGUGGACACCUGUAAGCUCCUGGAUUUCCAGAAAUUUACUCUGUACCUGAACACAAGAAAGAUUGAGGGAGCCUGUUCACUGCACAGGCUGGAAAAAGUCAUGGAAAACUUGAAGAACACAGGGAUUGAACCAGAUGAUUACUUCCUGAGUUGCUAUGAAAAGAAACUAGAAGAACUCACAGCUAAGGAAAAGUCUGAAACCCAGACAAGAAAGCCAUCCUAGUUACCUCAGAAGAUAAAUGCUGGUCCGCUGUAAGGAAGCAGGCAUGACCUCUGCAAGCUCAUGCGUUUUCAUGGCUUGCUUUAAAGAAAUGAUGGAAUCCUAAAUUUGAGGCUAAAAUUCCCUCUGAACAGUGAAUGACCUACAAUUAUUUUUUCAGUGUUAUUAUUAUUUUAGUUUGGGGACUGCUCAGUAAGGAAGCAGUCAGUCUGCAGACAGAGAGCUGAUCUUGCAUCAAAUUGACAUGAGUACUGUGUCACCAAAGUGGCAUUGCCUUUAGGUCCCUCUCGAUGAAUAGUGUGAAGAAAGGUGCUGUUUGUUUGUAUGCCUCCAAAUCAUAGUGUCUUCGGUAUAUCUGUUUGCUCAGCCUCUUGAAGCUUGCUAUUGGAUGUUUUGUUUCCCUAGGAUCUGAUUAGCUGUUAGAAAUCUUCCAUUAGCCCGCCUAAGAACAGUAUACAGUAUAAUUCAUUUAUGUAUUUCUUCUCUCAUGAACCUUCAGAAGCACCCAACACCUGUGUUUUCUGCUCACUGUGUUUUCCCACACUAAACUCGGUACUUUACUUGUAUUGUCCUGUAGUGACCCCCUGUGGUAGUGACCAGUCAGUCCCAUUUUACCUGUGAGAAAAUUGAGAUUCAGAGAGCUCUGAAUCUUGCCUGUGGAGUUCUGUUUUCCAAGUAAGUUAUUUGCAAAUUGUGGGGGCUAAGAAAAACAAGGCAGAAAGUAAGUUCAAACUUUCCCUGACAGAUGUGGACUCAAGUACCUGCUGCUUGCUUCUGUGGUGUCUGUAAGAUGAGUCUUUUUUUUUGUUGGCUACAUGAACUAAAGGAACUUUAAUGUCUUCAGACAUGGAAUGUUUGUUAGCUCUUAGAAAGAAACAGCCAAAGCAAGUGUAUGAAAGUUCAAAGAUGAUGCUUUAUAGGGUUUGUGAGUGUCCCUGCUUGGCUCCAGGGGGACUUCAUAAUCAUAUGGGGCCAGUGUCUGUGUCCUUGCUCCCUCUGUGCCUGGGGUCCACCUGCAUGGCACAGAGCAGGGGAAGCUUGGGCCCAGAGCUGCGAGAACUGUUAGCAUCCUGGGGGAAAG